UCUUACCCUAAAUCCUAACAUUCCGAGAAACCUAAGAACUAAGAAGUAAGAAUGAGUGAACGACUGAGAAACCUAAGAACGAAUGAACGACUCCUUACUCAAAAACUCAGAGAUCGGCUGUCCAGCGUCCGCUGUCACCACUCGCCUGUGAGAUCGCCAUAUCGGUUGUCAACUCUUCAAAUCAAGACUUCAACAGGUUCAAGUGCAAUCAUGCUCCGUGCUCCUAAAGUACGCUCUGAUAUUUGGGAUCUCUUUGAGGUGAAAGAAGAUAACGGAGAAGUUCGCAAAGUAGAGUACAAGCAUUGUGGUCAAGUAUAUAAUGUUCAUCCAAAGAGGAAUGGAACAUCUUUUUUAAGGAAGCAUAUUAGGCGUUGUCUUGAGCGUCUUCCUGGAGUCCAUAUUUAAGAAUUAGAGUUUGCUACUACUAUUAAUUCUAUUGUUUUUGUUACACUGCUGGUACUGUUAGAAGUUACAACACUAAUUCUGCAUUUCUGCUACUGUUAAUUCUGCUUAUUUCUGUUGCUAGUGCUAUUGUUAUUGCACUGUUUAAUUCGGUUGUUAAUACUGCUACAGUGGUGCUAGAAUACUAAAAUUUCCAGCCUUUUAAACUGCAGGCUGCUGUGAAAAUGUUUAGGUUCAGUCGUUCAGGUGUAAACUGCUACUGUUAUUGCACUGUUGAACUUCUUUUCUGCGAAAAUGUUGUUAAUGACU